ACUCAGUCCCUUGAAAACGGCUCUGCAAUCAGGGUCUGAAGGCAGGAGGAGGAGGAGGGGAGAAGCCCGGCCAGUAGACUUAACCCCGCGGCUGGUGCCGAGUCUCGGGAUGCGGACAGAGACAGCGCCCCCCCGGGCCACUGACACGCCCGGGUCGUUUGGGGGAGGAGAGCAGCGUGAGCGACUUUAGUCCCGCGUUCCCGAGACUUGCUCGGAAAACCUGCCGCGAGUGGGAGCCGCGAUUCUUUCCCCCGGGACGGGCUCGGGCUAGAUCGAAAUGUGCAACGCGCGGCUGGCGGCCGCGGUCGUUGGCAGCCGUAUUGGUUAUUUGGAUUCCAAAUUGACUGGCCAUGAGUGCAAUUGACUUGACUUCCAUCCUUGAUCUUCUGGACGUGGGAAAUUUCUCUGAUAGCAACUGGACGUGCAACAAUGGAGACUGCAUCAUUGUCGAUACACUCUCGUGCCCUAGCACACUUAAUAAAAGUGUCUUAUUGUACACCCUCUCUAUCUUCUACAUCUUUAUCUUUGUGAUAGGGCUGGUGGCCAACUCAGUGGUUGUCUGGGUCAAUCUCCAGGCCAAAGCAACUGGUUAUGAAACCCACCUCUACAUCUUCAAUCUAGCCAUCGCCGACCUGUGCGUUGUCAUCACCCUUCCAGUCUGGGUGGUCUCCCUUGUCCAGCAUAACCAAUGGCACAUGGGAGAAAUCACAUGCAAGAUCACUCACCUCAUAUUUUCCAUCAACUUGUAUGGGAGCAUCUUCUUCUUGGCAUGUAUGAGUGUGGACCGCUACCUCUCGGUUGCCUACUUAACCAACUCCAGUAACCGCAAGAAGAAGAUCAUCCGACGCUUUAUCUGCAUCUUUGUGUGGCUUCUUGCCUUCUCUGUCUCUCUCCCAGACACCUAUUACCUGAAGACUGUCUCUUCAAACAAUGAAACUUACUGCCGCCCUCUCUAUCCAGAGGAGAGCUUCAAAGAGUGGCUGGUUGGCAUGGAGCUCAUCUCUGUUGUGUUGGGCUUUGCCAUUCCUUUUCCCAUCAUUGCUCUUUUUUAUUUUCUCCUUGCAAGGUCCAUCUCUGCCUCCAGUGACCAAGAAAGGAAGAGCAAUGGGAAGAUCAUUUUCUCUUACGUUGUUGUGUUCCUUGUCUGCUGGCUGCCCUACCAUGCGGUCGUCCUGCUCGACAUCUUCUCGGUCCUUCAUUUUAUACCCUUCAGUUGUCAAAUGGAGAACUUUCUGUAUGCGGCUCUUCACAUCACCCAGUGUUUCUCCCUCAUCCAUUGCUGCGUCAACCCCAUGCUCUACAGCUUCAUCAACCGAAAUUACAGAUACGAGCUCAUGAAAGCCUUUAUUUUCAAGUACUCGGCCAAAACAGGCCUCACCAAACUUAUUGAUGCUUCCAGAGUAUCGGAAGCUGAGUACUCUGCUCUGGAGCAAAAUGCCAAAUGAUCGCCACUCCAUAAGGACUCGUCUUGGACCUUUUCAUACUUGUCUCUGAUGGGGCAUGAAUUCACAGCUUGGAAGAGAAAUAAAGAACCAUAAUGUAAAUUUAGAGUUUUGAGCAAACCAAAAUCAUGCAUUAUUUUAAUGUGUUUUGUUUUAUCUACUGCUAGCUAAUCCAGCCUUUCUGGACCGAGACCACGGUGCAAAUUCUAUGCAAAUGGGGGAGAAUUUGUAGUAAACAAAGCCAUUGUGUACCACAGAUAUCACGUGUCUUCAGGAUAGGCUUUUUUUCCCAUGUGUAAAGGAGACCAUCUCUUGGUUUCAUUGUAUAUGUGUUGUUAUAUAGAUAUAGAUAUAUAUAGUGCGUUGUAUUUAAAAACCAAGACUUUAUUUUCUGGCUGUUGGUGUACCUUAUACAAAUGUAUUUGAAAGUUUAAAUAUAUUUUUAUCAUGUAUUUGAAGUAUAUUGCUGACAAUUGUAUCCAGAGUGCUGUAGUCUGAAUGUUAGUCCAGUUAUAGUCAAAGUGAAUGACAAAGGAUGACUUUAAUAGCUAUAUGGAGAUUAUGUAUUAUGUGUGUGUUUGUCUACUUUGGCUGGCACACUUUAUUUACAAUAGCUUUAUGUUGUGGUUUAUACCUAUAUGUAUGGAAAUAAGCUGUAUAUACAGUACUGUGAUAUAGUUUGACAUCAUAUUAAAAUUAACAGUAAUGUAAGAGGUUAACUCCCACUUCCAUGUUUCACCAAGCAGUAUCCUUAUGCACAAAAUGAAUGACCUUAUUUCCAAGAGUCCUCUCUAUUUGUAAGUUAUUUUUUUUAAAAAAUAAAGAUCUGGAAAAAUA